AUGUCUAACACCAGCGCGGCACCCGCACCCACACGCGCUCGAAGCAACCUUGAUCCCGGCGACAUGGUGGACGAGCUGCUACUCAAUGCGUGGGCUCUUCGUGAGCACCGCGAGCAGUUUGUCGCUUGGGGUGGCUCCACCGAUAGCGAGUACUACCGCUUGCUCUGCGAGCGCUUCCACGCCCUCGUGAAAGAGGCGCAAGAUGGCGUGCGCCGUUGUGCCCGCGUCUACGCGCAGCAGCAACAGGGCCGCGGCGCCGGAUACGUCUUUACCUUCCCGCGGAUGGCACCCGACGGCAACCGACUCCACGAGGCCAUCCGCACCGUAACCGUUGAUAUAACCACCCGUGAAGUUAACGUAGGUUUAGCUGAUACAGAGGAGUGGCACUGCCUAAAAAAAACCCUUGCAGAGCACAUCCGCUGGAACGGCGAGCGCGCGCGCUACGACGUGGGGUUGUCCCUCCGGUGUGCACGGCAGAGCGCGUUAGAGGAGGCCCUGCAGGUAUCCCACCAGGACCUUGCGGAUGGACGACGCUCCACGACGAUGCGGUAA